AAUCCUUAUCCCUACAGUGUCUGCCGCCUUGCACCCACAGGCUCUCCAGCACCCUACCACCUCAGCAGACGGUCUUCUACGCGAGAAAGGCAUAUCCCCUGCUACCUAUGCUUGACAAAGUCAUACUGCGUCUGCACAGCAGCGGCAUCCUGGGCCACUGGAUCAAACAGGACUGGUGGGAAAUGGCACAGGGCAAAGUACGCCUUAACAACACUUCAUCGAUGAGUGCACGUGUUGAGUGGGACGCUUUCUUUAUCCUUUUCGCUGGCCUCGCUUUGUCUGCUGCGGCAUUCGUUUUUGAAAUCAGUCAGAACGCGAUCACAGCGCUCUUUUUUGUUCCCCUAAACCUGCGUAAUGGUCAACUAGCAUUGAGGAGGCCAGUAUCAGUGUGGGACGUAAUCUUGUUCCCGGAUCGUUGGUGAAUACGCCCGCACCGAAAUUCGCAAUUAAACGACUACACAAGCUAGAGGAAGAGGUCCCUACGGAACCUGCAGGUACCUGUUAAGUGGGCAAGUUUUUUGGGUUUAGAUUAGCAGCUCGUGCUGCUUCUCUUGGUGAUUACAAUUUAGUAGUGAUAUAAUACGAAAAUUUCCUUUCCUACUUUUCCACUACUUUAUAACCAGCGAUCAUUCUACAAUUUAUUGGUACCUUGACACCUGUUCCAGUUUUUAUCAUGAAUAUGUAGGAUGUACAUUGUAUGGAAAAAGCCGUGGAGAAAAGGUGGGCUAGGAGGAUACGUUUUGUUCUGAAACGACUUUACGCAGACGUGAGGUCUCCAGCGAGUGACUUAAUACGGCAUGCCUCAGCACUCCAGACAGUGGUGGACUUAACGGUUCUCCUCGUGAGGCAAGCGACGAUGGGCUUCGUGAGCUUCUCCUUGGUUGCGCCCUCAAAUAGGGCAUCGAUGCCCUCGAAGCGGCCGACGUCGCUUUGGGGGUCAAAGUCACCGCGAGCGUGCACCUAGCAGAGGCAUUCGGCCAAGUGCGGCCAGGCGGUCGUUGAUCUCUUCGAUGUGGUCGUCCGAGUAAAUGUACUGCACAGGGAACAGCCAGCGUAAACUCUUCCACCGCGCAAAAAAGCCCGUCCGCUAAAUUAGCAAAAGACAGGGGUCCACGUUUUGAUGUUCUAUCAAAACAUAUUUUUGUUUUCGCUGAACAAAGGUUUUUGCUGUUUCAGCAAAAGUUUUUGCUAUCUCUGCUAUAUGUUUUGCGACCAUAGCAGCUUGUGGUUUUUAAAUAAAAUC